AUGCUGACUUUUAGCCAUGGGUUAACUAGAUUUAUAAAUCAUAAUAUCGUAUAUCGACCAAGCAUUAGCAGACUUUUAAAAUUAAAAUUCAAACGUCAGAUAUUUGUUUUAUCGAAAAUGAGUGUCACCAAUAAGAAUGCUGAAAUAGCCAAGAGACCUUUACCCACUGAAACUAAUCCUGUUGUCGAAACGCCCAUUACGAAGAAGGCUAAAAAGAUUAAGACCAAGAAGUAUAAAGCCAAGAAAGUAGAUCCAACUUCACCAUUAGGUGUUUUUCAAUUUGAAAUUGCAGAACUUCUAAAAGAGCAAGGCAUAAAAGAGGCAGAUACUAUUAAUGAUAUUACGGCUAUUUUAAAUGAUGCAUCAUCAGAUGGACAAGUUAAGGAGGCAUAUCAUCGCAAAGUUAACGAUGUGAAAGUCCUGAAACUAACUUCAAGCGGAGAUGGAUUAGCUAUCAUAGAUAAUCCAGUUGAAUCUGAUAAAAAACAAGUUGUGAUCAUUCCUUUUGGAUUGCCAGGUGAUAUAGUUCAUAUUAGAGUCUUUAAAACUCAUCCAAAUUAUGUCGAAAGUGAUUUAUUAGAUGUUAACGCCAAAUCUGAUAUCAGAAGAGAUGAUCUAAUUAAUUGUAAAUAUUUCGGUAAAUGCUCCGGUAGUCAAUAUCAAAAUUUAACAUAUGAAACCCAAUUAAAAUUGAAACAAGAUACUGUGUCUAAUGCCUACAAAUUUUUUGCUCCAAGAUUAAUCGAAAAAAAGAUUUUACCUGAAGUUGGCACUACAAUUGGAUCACCCUUACAGUAUGAAUAUAGAACUAAAUUGACUCCUCAUUUCGAUAUCCCAAGAAGAAUUAAAAAAGCUGGCGAGUUAAAAGAAAGACCACCUUUGGGAUUUGGACAAAAGGGUAGACCUACAUGGAGAAAAGAAACCUUACACGAAGGUGGUAAUGCAUCUACUUUAGAUAUUGAAGAAUAUACUAUUGGUACAUCUAUAAUCAAUAAAGGGUUGAAAAAUGAAAGACGUAAAUUUGAAAAAGAAUUCAACACUUAUAAGAAAGGUGCCACCAUCUUAUUAAGAGAGAAUACUAUUGUUAUGGAUAAAGAUUCUACAGAAGAACAAAUUAAAGAGCGAUUGAAAAAUGAAGAAGGCUCUAGAGAUAAAGAUGGAAAUAUUUCUUAUGAAGUACAUAUGAGUAAUGAUGGCGACAAAAAAUUAAUUAAGACAUGUGUUACGCAACCUAGACAAAUUGUUAAUGAAUAUGUUAAUGGUUAUAGCUUCCAAUUUAGUGCUGGUGAAUUUUUCCAAAAUAAUAAUAGUAUCUUACCUAUAGUUACUAAAUAUGUUCGUGAUAAUUUACAACUUCCGGAAGGUGAACAUAAUUAUUUAGUGGAUGCUUAUUGUGGUUCUGGACUAUUUAGUAUUUGCAGUUCUGAAGGUGUGGAUAAAGUUGUUGGUGUAGAAAUUAGUGCUGACAGUGUUAAAUUUGCUCGUAUCAAUUCUGAGUUGAAUAAAAUUGCGAAUUGUAAGUUUAUUGUAGGUAAAGCGGAAAAAUUAUUUGAAGAAAUUGAUUUACCUAAUGAUCGUACCUCUGUAAUUUUAGAUCCUCCAAGAAAGGGAUGUGACGAAUUAUUUUUAAAACAAUUAUCCGAAUUCAAUCCUGCCAAGAUCGUCUAUAUAUCAUGUAACGUUCAUUCACAAGCUCGUGAUUUGGAAUAUUUCCUUUUAAAUACUUUAAAUGGUAAGAAUUAUAAGAUUGAAAGUUUAAGAGGGUUUGAUUUUUUCCCACAAACACAUCAUGUGGAGAGUGUUUGUGUAUUGAGUAGAGUAUAA